AUGAAUAAUUCUAAUCGUGAGUGGAUGUAUGAUAGAAUAUUGGAAGAUGGAUUUAUAAAUCCUAGGUUUAUUGAUGGGGUUGAGGACUUCGUUACAUUUGCUAAAAGACAUCCACAAUGCAUAGAUGGUGGAAAGUUAAGAUGUCCCUGUAAUCAUCGUAAGUGUCGCAAUAAAAACAUUUUGGAUGAGUUUACAGUCAUGUCACAUCUUGGGACUUUCGGCAUUGUACUGGGUUAUUACUGUUGGUAUCACCAUGGAGAAAGUUAUCCAUAUCCAAGCGUGCUUAAUGAUCAUCUAGGAGAAGCUUUGGGUGAAACUGUGAAUUCUCAGUCUAAUAAUGCAUUUCGGUCUAUGGCAGAACGUCAUUUUUCUGAAAGGUUGUAUGAUGAGUUAUGUCAAUUUCUAUCAGAAUUGAUGCCAACUGACAACAUAGUGACAGAUAGCUUCUAUAGUACCAAAAAGCUAAUGCGAGGAUUGGGUUUGCCGCGUGAAGAUAGUGAACUUGUCAAUUGCAAGUUUUGUGCUCACCCUCGAUUCAAGAGAUCAAAACAUCGACAUUCCAAGCAGCAGACUAAUAUUCCUUAUAAGCAGAUGUCUUAUUUUCCUUUGACUCCGCGUUUGCAAAGGUUGUAUACAUCUAAUGCUACUGCAAAGCAUAUGAGAUGGCAUUCUGAGCAUGAAAGGGAUGGUGUCAUGCGUCAUCCCUCAGAUUCUCCUGCUUGGAAGAAUUUUGAUCAGGCAUAUCCAUGUUUUGCAUCCGAAGAUGAUUACAUGUUUUUAUCUGUGAUUAUGUCUGGCCCAAAAAACCCAAAACAAAAAGUCGAUGUCUUCUUGCAACCCCUCAUUCAUGAGUUAAAAGAAUUAUGGGAGGAGGGAGUCCAAACAUAUGAUGCUUCAAGUAAGAAUAAUUUUCAAAUGAAAGUUGCAUUGAUAUGGACAAUAAGUGAUUUUCCAGCGUACUCAAUGUUGCCGGGUUGGAGUACAGCAGGAAAAUUAGCUUGCCCUUAUUGCAAGGAAGACUCAAAUGCUUUUUCACUACCCAAUGGUAGAAAGGUCUCAUGGUUUGACAAUCAUAGAAAGUUCUUACCAUUGGAUCAUCCGUGGCGAAGGAACAAAAAAUGGUUCAAGAAGGGCCAAACAGUACAUAAAGUUGUAUCAACUGAACAAUCGGGUUUACAAAUACUUAGGGAGAUUGAAUAUUUGGGGCUCAUGAAAGUCACAGAACUUGGUUUUGAUGCGAUAAAUGCAAGAAUCUCAAAGAAUAGUGGGUGUGGUUGGAAGAAAAGAAGUAUAUUUUGGGACUUGCCUUACUGGAAGACAAAUCUUAUUAGGCAUAACCUUGAUGUGAUGCACAUAGAAAAGAACGUGUUCGAUAACAUUUUUAACACCUUGAUGAAUGUCAAGGGGAAAACAAAGGACAAUGCAAAAUCUAGCGCAGAUUUGAAAUUACUUUGCCAUCGUCCAGAGUUACAUCAGGAUGAAAGUACCAAAAAGUAUCCAAAAGCUUGUUAUAUGUUAGACGAUAAUGCAAAAGAAGUGCUUUGUAAGUGGUUGCAAGAGUUGAGAUUUCCUGAUGGUUAUGUGUCUAACAUGGGAAGAUGUGUUGACAUGAACAAGCUUAAACUAUUUGGUAUGAAGAGUCAUGAUUGUCAUGUGUUUAUGCAACGCCUAAUACCUAUUGCAUUUCGAGAACUGCUUCCACAAAAUGUGUGGCAACCAUUGGCAGAGUUGAGUCUUUUCUUUAAAGAUCUCACCUCUACUACAAUAAUAGAGGAACAAAUGGGACAAUUAGAAAGAAAUAUUCCUCUCAUCUUGAAUAAGCUUGAACGUAUUUUUCCUCCUAGCUUCUGGGAUUCUAUGGAACAUCUUCCUAUCCAUUUAGCUUACGAAGCACGUUUAGCUGGCCCAGUUCAAUACCGAUGGAUGUAUCCGUAUGAGAGAAUUUAUGAAGAUAACUUGAGACAAAUUCAACCAUACAUUCAAGAUAGCGAGAUUGAUACUAAACUUGAAACAGGGUUUGCAUCUUGGUUUGAGAGAUACGCACGUGAUCCUUCAUCCGGCAUCAACAAUCAAAUCAUGAAGGAUUUUGCAGAAGGGCCAUUUCAUAAGGUUCAACCCUUUAAUGGAUAUGUCAUAAAUAGUUACAAGUUUCACACCGAAGAAUACGGUUCAAGUAGAUCUACAAUGAAUAUUGGUGUAUGUAUCAAGGGCUCUAGCCACAGUGCAGAUGAUAUGGAUUACUAUGGUCGAUUGGUAGAGAUUUUGCAGUUAGAGUAUCCUGCAUUACCAUUUAAGAGAACCUUGUUAUUUAAAUGUUCUUGGUUUGAUCCAACACCAGAACAUGGUACAAGAGUACAUCCAUAA